AUGCCCACCAAAGUGCUGCAGAAUAUCGAGGGCUGCAAGGCCUUCCCGUCCGACCAGUCGCAGAUUCCAGAUGGCAAGUACAUGAUCACGAGCGAUGAAGAGCGCACCGUGGAAGCUGCCGACGACAACAUCCGAGCCGAGAUAUGGUUCAAGACCCCGGCCUUGGACAUUGCGACUAUUCGCAAGAUCGACCGUCUCCAGCUCCUGGCGGACUCGCACGACCAGGGCUACGCCGACGUGACCUCGGGCGGGAACUGGACGUGGUUCGAGCUCGCCAUCCUGGAAGACGAGUCUGCCUAUAAGCCGCGCGUCAAGGACGGCGUGGAGCUCGUUUGGAAGAGUCACUAUAACCGCUUCCUCGAGGAGGAGUUUGGCUGGGAUGGCAACGUCAUUGCCGUCCGCCUCUGCGCGCGCUUCACCGGCUGGUCCAUCGCAGCGCGAAAGGGCUACCUCACGAUGGAGAUUGACACGGACGACAUCGAGCGCGACCCCCCUCCCGCCUAUGGCGAGAUCGUCUCCAAGAUCGAAAACAUCCAAGCCGUCUUCAGGGAAGUCAACAGCUCCAUCCAGGCGGGCUUCAUGCCCACUCUGCCUGACGCGCUCCACACGGCACAACUUCUCAGCACCGGCGCAGAGCGACCCCUGCGUGUGCUCUCCCUCGACGGGGGCGGCGUCCGCGGCCUCUCCUCGCUGCACCUCCUCAACGCCGUCAUGAAAAAGGCCGCGCCGGACAAGAAGCCCUGCGAGGUGUUCGACAUGAUUGGCGGCACCAGCACGGGCGGAUACAUUGCCAUUAUGCUCGGGCGCCUCAAGAUGAGCGUGGACGAGUGCAUCGGCAAGUACCAAGACUUCAUGGUCAAGAUCUUCAACAAGGGCACGCUCAAAAAGGGCCUCGACUUCAUCGCCAACGGCGAGUUUUACGACGAGACGGUCCUGGAGGGCCUGAUUAAGCAGCUCGUCAAAGAGAAGACGGGCGGCGAAGAUACGGAGCUGCUCGAGGCGGCCGGCAAUCCCACCUGCAAGGUUUUCUGCAUGGCCGUGAACCAGCAGGCCGGCAACAACCGCGCCCCCAUCUUCCUCCGCUCGUACCAGAACAAGCAGGAAAUGUCCCUCAUCCCGGACAUCAAGAUAUGGCAGGCCGCCCGCGCGACGUCCGCCGCACCGGCGUAUUUCGCUCCCAUUACUGUUGGCGACUACACGCUCGUCGACGGGGGCAUGGGGGCGAACAACCCCUUAGGAUGGCUUUGGACAGAAGUCCUCGCCGUCUUCGGCCCCGCGCGUCCCACGUCGUGCUUCCUCUCCAUCGGCACGGGCAUGGCCGCCAACCAAUCCAUCACCGCCCCCGGCGCCGUCCCGAGCCACACCGUCGAGGCGGCCUUUGCCGCCGUCGCCACCAAUACCGAGCUGACAAACAUCCUCUUCCGCGCCCUGGUCAACGCCUUUGCUCCCCGGCCGAUGGAGAAGAAGUACUGGCGCCUCAACGUCAGCCAGGAGAUCCCCGCCUGGGAUGAGGAGAAGCGAACCUGGUUCGGGCUCGGUGGCACGUCCAUUGUGCAUCAUCAGCAAGACUACAAGGACGUUGGCGCGCUCGACGACGUGGGUGCCCUCAAAGCGCUCAUCGAGAUGACCGGAAAGUACAUUGGCGAUCAGGAUGCCAUCAUUGGCGAGUGUGCAAAGGCCCUGAUGGCAGCUGUGGCAUGA